GGAUAUGUAAAUUCUUGGCGUUAUUCUCCAAGUACAAAUUUAGCUUUACUCUUUUAAAGAAUAAAAUUAGCAACAACCCCUUUAUACUGUGAUCUAUAAUUGAAUUAUGGCUACUAUUCUUAGCACGCCAUUACAUUGUAACUAUUUCAUUCUUCAUAGAGUGGGCGUUCUAGUAUUCAAUUUCAACAAAAGUUAUCUGCGUUGGAAAACGAACGCGGCAUUACGCAACUGUCAGUUUGUGCUUGCAGUUACACGGAGUUGCAUUGCACGCGUUAGAGAACGAACUUCGCCAUACAUACCUAGUAUUUUGUGUCGGUGGUCAAUAAUAUUCUGAUAUUUUCUCAACAGCUUACAGAUCUUACUAUGAUCAUGGAGGAAAGUUCUGCAAUAAAUCCUAUACUAACACCAGAAAGUUUGCUCUCGAGUCAGACUCGGUCGCCGAAAUGUGCAAGGUGCAGAAAUCACGGAGUGAUAUCUAUUCUUAAAGGACACAAGAGAUUCUGCAAAUGGAAAGACUGCGCUUGCCCCGACUGUAGCCUGAUCGCUGAAAGACAGAGAGUGAUGGCUGCGCAAGUCGCUUUACGACGACAACAACAGCAAGAAAGUGAUCUCAAGAAAACUUUUGAUUUGUCUUUCUUAAACAACAAAACAUCGUCAGCGGCCAGUUUUGAAGAGAGUCAUGAGAAAAAUGGCGAUGGAGAGCGAGACACUCCUCCUGACAGUAAUGACGGUAAGUUUGAUACAGAUUUCAAGAUUUUGAUUUUUUUGAGAGGAAUCAGUUCCACCAUAGGCAUAGCCCACGUUACAUAUACUCAGUAAAACAAGCUAGUUGUUGUAAGCAAACUGCGACGUAGCUUAUGUUUAACCGGCGUGUUUACGAGUGUUAGGUUUUUCUCGCUGCUGCGCAAACAGCCGCGCACACGCCGCAUCGCAAACCAAACUGGGACAGUCAAAGGCGAAGUUAUGCCUAUAAAUCUAUCUAAAAGCCUUUCUGAAGUCUGAACAAAAACAUGAGAAUAUAUUAAUCUAGUAAUACUAAUACAAGAUAUUUGAAACAAAAGAGCAAAUUAGCUAAUUGAUCUAUGACAAAAAGUGAAACAAUUUUGAUAUCAAAUAAAUACAAAAUAAGCAGCUUAGUUUGCUUCUCUCUUGCGUUAUAUAGUCGAUUUGGCUGAUGUUAAAAUGAGUACCAGCCUUUGCUUAAUAGGAGAAAGGAAUUUGUACGCCUGGCGUUCAAGAGAUAUUUAUGAAAAGAUUUGCAACGAAAGUUUAGUACACUAAAAAAGCGAAGAACAAUUUGUUUGGAAACUCAAUAAUUGUAAUGCAUAUAAAUAUAUAAUUGUUCUAAUUCUCAGCCCUUUCACUGUUUACCAUGUUCUUCGUCUUAAAAUCCUAUUAGUGAAAACGAGAUAUAUUCCCUGCGCCUAGUAAAACAGUACUGAAGAAAUAGAUUUGCAUGUGCUGUACAGACUACAGGCAAAGUUUAUAAAUAAAACUUCCCGAACAUUCGACGCUAACCACUGGAGACCACGCAUCUAUGCAAUCUGUGGUCUAAAAGUAGCGAAGAUCUAUAUUUAACCCAACGUGGAAGACAGGUGGUAAUGCGGUAUAGACGAAUUAUAACAAUGUUUCAAUAUAAGCUCAAUUAUAUAUAUCCAUUUGAAUGGUUCUAUUGUGACAUGCUAUAGUGUUACUACAGGCACUAAUAUCGCGAGUACAAUGCAGGGGAAAUUAACAUACAAAUGUCGCAAAAUGUCGCAAUCUUACUGACAAUCAGAACUGCAGGAUUGUAGACAUUUCUCAUUUAAGAAAACUGCGGUUCAGUUACAGUGUCUUUAAGGCUCUAUCAAAGUUUAUGGGAUCACAGUAGAAAUUUUGCAUACUAUAGGUAAAUUUCAGAGGGUAAAUUUUAAGUUUUGAAGACAUUUUCCAGGGAACUGAUUCACUGUUAAACACUAAAUCAGUUCCCCGAAACAUUUCUUACAAAUCCUUCAAAACUUAGAAUUUACCCAUGCAGCAUUCCUACUGUAAUCACAGAAAUUUUGAUAGUAUAAACCCAGCCUUUAAAAAGUUACAUUGGGCCUAAACUACACAAAGUACAUUUAAGACAGUCCACACUGCAUGAUCAGGGGGCGAAAGAAUAUAUAUCUCCGAUGUUCCAAACCAUGCACAUCAUUGGCUAUCAGGUGCUUUGACUAAUCGAUGUGAUGUCUGGGGAACUAUUUCAUCAGUCAAAAGAAAAAGAUAAGAAAUAUUUAUAUAUUGGUCAAAUGUCUGGUUGCUUAUCUGAUAGAUAUCAAAACACCGCAAGUAAUUUGCCUCAGGACUUUGUCUGAGCUAACGGUUCAACAAGAGCCUCGGACUAAAUUAUAAUACUAAUAAUAAAGAAUGUAUUGCAGCAUAUCCAUAAAAUAACACGGCUCUUCAUCUACAAUAUCUACAGACUAAAUCACGCAUGUGCACGGAUUGCCAAACUACUAGAAUAGUGUCCUCUUCAGAGGUAUAAUCUUGAACGGUUAUUGUAGGUAAUGCCAAUAAUAAGAAAGCUUCAGAUUGAUAGGGAUGCAACUACCUGAAAAAUACAAGGAGAACUUCGACGUUUUGAGUGAAGGUUCUUCACUGGGAAGUUCGUGACUACGACCCGACGAAGUUCACUGACGCUCGAAACGUCGAAGUUCUUCAUGUAUUUUUCAGGUAGUUGCAUUGCUAUCAAUCCACAGCUUUCCUCUUCAGAGGAAUACUUUUUGCUGAAAACUAAACAUUCAAACAAUUCUUUCUGGUGCAGGUAAACCUUAGUACCAGUAACAAACCUGGAAAACACGGAGUAAACGUUGCCAUGCGUGGAAUGUUUGCAUUUUAAAUAUCUAUGACACUCAACCACUACAACCACAAUUUUUAAUAAUAUCGUAUCCAUGCCCUUGGCAUUAAAUUGUGGUCAGAGUGCUAAUUAGUACAAGUCCAAACAAUUUAUUGUAUUAUUGAAACAAUUACGAUCAAUUAUCGAAUCUGCAGUACCUGCAAGUUAUAUUGUUUCCUGGCAAGUUAGAAACAUUUUAAAAUUCUCUCAAAUGUUGCCACAUUUAUACCGAGCCUUCGGCCACAAAAUAACAUUUUGUUUAACAGGAAGCAUGUUUCCCAACAAAUUCAAGACAUAUUUUGUUUUCGAAAUAUCAUUCUUGUGGCGGAAACAAUGUUUUUGGCUUGUAUGUCCAAGGAUUUCAAUUUUUCCCAAAUCUGAAAGGUUUAACAAUCUGAACCGUUUCUUAUCUAUUAUUUAGAAGACAGCCCUGCGACAAGCCCACAACGUUCCCCACGCGUCAAGAGGGAAAGGUCGCAAGAGUCUCCAGAUGACACAGAAUUCAAGAAAUACAAGAAACUCAAAUCUGAAGAACUGAUCAUGGAGAACUACCCUAGAUAUAUGGAUAUCUUAACAAGACUCUUCCCUGGACAAAAACGUGACAUUCUAGAAGUAGUGUUGCGUGGCUGUCGAGGUGAUUUCGCUCAAGCGAUAGAGUGUAUUCUGGCCAACCACGAAGAAACUUUAACUAAAGGACAAGCACUGUAUCGUGCGCCAUUUCACCCUCUACCAUCCCCAUUAUCCUUCCUAAGUAGCGGUAUUCCUCCCUUUCCAUCCCCUCCAUUCCCAACAAUCCCUCUGCGUCCUCUAUGCACAAAAGCAAACUGCAAUUGCCACAAUUACGACAACACGACACCCAGACUAUUUAAAGACGUUAAAUCAACCUUUCCCUCGCUAAGUCUAAACUUCAGCACAAGAAACGCCACGCCUUACUUUCGUUACCCACACCCAGCAUUCCUUUCACUGCCAGAAAAACACGAGAAUGGCCACGCGAGGGUUUUCUCGCAGAAUGACACGCGUGAACGUCGCGAAGAAGCAAAUCUUUGA